CUUCGUCGCCGUCGCUGCUGCCGCCACUGCCUCGGGAAAGCGGGAGGAUGAGCUGAACUACCGUAGCGCUUACUGUCUCCAUCGCGCAUCGCAGGGUGUGGUGACUACCUGAGGAACGUUUUACUUUAGAAGGAAAGAUGUUGUCUCCAAAUGAUAAAAAGUUAGAAAAACUGGAUCCAUUUUAUCGACCCUCCAUAUCCAAGCAGAAGACCAGCGUGGAAAUCAUCAACGAAGCACGAAAUGCGUUAAGGACAGUUCGAACCCAAAGGCCUUUCACCCCGCAGGAAGACCAAAGAAAAUUGUUUGGACCUGCAUCUUCAAGAACACCAGAAAAUAGACCUCCCUCCUCUUUCAGCCUUCAUGCGUCCAGUUUUGAGUCAUCUGAUUCCAGGCCUAUCUCUGGCACACGUCUCAGCCCGCUAGAGCUGAAACCAAAAGCACCAGCAUCUCCCACCACAGAGGAGGAUUCAUGCCUUUCUUUUCCUAAACCACCAGUGGACCCUGCGAAGAUAAGAAGAAUAAGCAGUGCCCGGGCGCGCUUAUUCAGAGCGGCCUCCCAGGGGGCUCUUCUGCCAGACAGAUCUCUUCUUCCUACUGAGUCAAAGAAGACAGUGGAAUCCAAAGAAAUGGUUAUGAUGGGGGACUCUAUGAUGAAAAUAAAUGGGAUUUGUUUAACAGAAUCAAAUGCCGUUGGCCACACAAAGAGUCACCCACUUCAGCUAACCUAUGAUGGAGGCUUCCGUGAAAUCAAGGAGCAAGAAAUGUUCAUUGGAACGGCCUUAUCUCAUCUCAGAAGUGGAGGGGACCAGGGGAAGAGGCGUGCAAGGGCCUCAUCCUGCCCCACCAGCUCAGACCUCAGCAGACCGCAAACCAAAACAGUCUCGAAAGCUGACCUGGAAAAAAAGGACACAGAAGCAGAAGCAGAUGAAGUCUUUUGGACCACAAGGAUCUUACCGAUUUUGUAUGAAAUAGAAAAGGAAGAAAACAUUGAAACGGUUUGUGCUGCUUGCACAAAACUUCAUCACGCUUUAGAGGAAGGAAACAUGCUUGGAAAUAAAUUUAAGAGAAGACGCGUUCUCCUGAAGACCCUAUAUAAACUAGUUGAUGUUGGUUCAGACUUGCUCAACCUUAAGCUUGCAAAAAUUAUUCUAGCACUUAGAGAGAGGAGAAAGAAUCUUCUUAAUGUCUGCAAACUUAUAUUUAAAAAGAAUGAGAAGAACGAUUCUCUGAUCCAAAAUGACAACAUUCUGGAAUCAUUAUUGGAGGUUCUGAGAAGUGAAGACCUACAAACUAAUACAGAAGCCUUUUUAUAUUGUAUGGGGACCAUAAAAUUUAUUUCUGGAAACCCAGGAUUUCUUAACGAAAUGAUGAACAAAGGUGCUGUGGAAGUAUUGGUGAAUUUGAUAAAGGAAAUAAAUGAGAACACCAAGGAAUGCGGUACAUGUUUGCCUAACUUGGGCCACUUAUUAGUCCAGGUGACUGCUACACUGAGGAACUUGGCGGAUUCACCACUGGCAAGAAGGAAGCUCCUGGGCACCAGUUCCCUUCCCCAGCUCUGCACAGUGAUGGAACAGUUCUCAGGGGACAAGGACAUUUGCACCAAUAUUGCAAGAAUAUUCAGCAAACUUACUUCUUACAGUGACUGCUGUGCAGCCGUGGCCAACUAUUCCAGAUGUUAUGCCUUAUUUUUGAAUCUGAUAAACAAAUACCAGAGGAAGCAGGACUUAAUCGUUCGUAUUGUUUUUAUUCUUGGCAACCUGACGGCAAAGAAUAACCAGGCCCGUGAACAAUUUUCCAAAGAGAAAGGCGGUGUCCCAAGCCUGGUGUCCUUAUUCCAGACAUUCCACGAGCUCGAUCUGCAUUCCCAGAAGCCCAUGGGAGAGGGGGCCGUGCAGAAGGCGCCGUCGGAGGUGGAGGAUGUGCUGGUCAAGCUGACCCGCGUGCUGGCCAAUCUCGCCAUCCACCCAGGCAUUGGCCAGACUCUGGCCACCAACCAGCAGGUGGUAGGCCUGCUGCUGACCACACUAGAACGCAAGUCACUAGGAGAGUGUGAGGAGCUGGUGAUCAACACUACAGCAACGAUCAACAACUUGUCUUACUACCAAGUGAAGAAUUCCGUGAUUCUAGACAAAAAACUAUACAUUGCUCAAUUGCUCUUAAAACUUCUUGUGAGUAACAACAUGGAUGGAAUCCUGGAGGCAGUGCGUGUCUUUGGAAAUCUCUCCCAAGACCAUGAUAUUUGUAAUUUCAUUGUGCAGAACAAUGUGCACAAGUUCAUGCUCGCGCUGCUGGAUGCUAAGCACCAGGAUAUUUGCUUUUCCGCCUGCGGCGUCCUCCUAAAUCUCACCGUGGAUAAGGACAAGCGGGCCAUCCUUAAAGAAGGAGGUGGCAUCACAAAGUUAGUGGAUUGUUUAAGAGAUUUUGGCCCUACUGAUUGGCAGCUGGCCUGCUUGGUGUGCAAAACCUUAUGGAACUUCAGCGAAAACAUCACUAAUGCUGCAUCCUGCUUUGGUGAUGAAGACACCGACACACUCUUAGUCCUGCUGUCAUCAUUUUUAGAUGAAGAACUAGCACUGGAUGGCAGUUUUGACCAAGACCUAAAAAACUACCACAAACUCCACUGGGAAACAGAAUUCAAACCUGUGGCACAGCAGCUUCUAAACCGAAUUCAGAGCCAUCACACCUUCCUGGAACCCUUGCCUUUCCCCUCUUUCUAACAUGGUGCAUUAACUACAGCAACAGCAGUCAGGUCUCCCUCAUUCUUAAGCAGUGGUAACAGACAUGAAGUUUUUCUUUUCAGUAUUGAAAUAUCGAAAGCUUUUCAAGUA